AUGGCUGGAACUGUACAAAUACCACAGAACCUCACUAACUUGCAACAAGUAGAAUUAGACAUGAUGGCUGAUAUGUAUGGACGUAUGACAGAAACAUGUAGAAAGAAAUGCGUCAAGCCAGAACAUAAAGCGGGUGAACUGAAUAAAGGAGAAAGUGUAUGCUUGGAUCGAUGCAUUGUCAAAUAUUUCCAAAUGCACGAGAAUGUCGGCAAAAAUUUAAGACUUGAUUUUAAUGCCAAUGCCAAAUAAGGAAAAAUGUAUUUACAUUUUUUAAGUAUAAGAUCUAAUUGGUUGUAAAUGAAAUUGAAUAGUUGAGCUAGAUAAAAUGAUUUAUUUUAUAUUGUAAUGAACUUAAUAACAAAAUAAAAGUAGAUAAUAUAGUCUUAGAUAUUAUAUUAGUCUUUAAAUUAUCUAAGAGUUAUAAUAAAGGGAUAAAAUUUACAAUA